GGAGGCAGGAGGAGCCGCGGCGCCGCCCGGCUCCCACUCACUCAUCCGAAACUUGAGCGCCGUGGUGAGCGCCGCCGCCGAGGAUGAGGAGGUGCGGCCGCUCCUGCGGGCCGCCGCCGUCGCUGCUGCUGCUGCUGCUCCUGCUGCUGCUCGCGGUGCCCGGCGCUGGCGCGGCCCGGCGCUCGGCGCUCUACUCGCCCUCCGACCCGCUGACGCUGCUGCAGGCGGACACGUUGCGCGGCGCCGUGCUGGGCUCCCGGAGCGCCUGGGCCGUGGAGUUCUUCGCCUCCUGGUGCGGACACUGCAUAGCCUUCGCCCCGACGUGGAAGGCGCUGGCCAACGACGUCAAAGACUGGAGGCCGGCACUGAAUCUCGCUGCCCUGGACUGUGCUGACGAGAGCAACAGCGCAGUCUGCAGAGACUUCGACAUCCCCGGCUUCCCGACCGUGAGGUUCUUUAAGGCCUUUUCUAAGAAUGGCUCGGGAGCAACAUUGCCAGUGGCAGGUGCCGACGUGCAGACGCUGCGGGAGAGGCUCAUUGACGCCCUGGAGUCCCAUCGUGACACGUGGCCCCCAGCCUGUCCCCCACUGGAGCCUGCCAAGCUGGCGGAGAUUGACGGAUUCUUUGCAAGAAACACCGAAGAUUACCUGGCGCUGAUCUUUGAGAAGGAAGGCUCCUACCUGGGGAGAGAGGUGACUCUGGACCUGUCCCAGCACCGAGGCAUAGUGGUGCGCAGGGUCCUGAACACGGAGGACAACGUGGUGAGAAAGUUCGGCGUCACCGACUUCCCAUCUUGUUACCUGCUGUUUCGGAACGGCUCUGUGUCCCGAGUGUCCCUGGUGGUGGAAUCCAGGUCCUUCUAUACCGAUUACCUGAGGAGGCUCUCUGGGCUCACCAGGGAGGCCGUCGGGACCACAGUCGCGCCCACCACUGCCCACAGGAUAGCUCCCACUGUCUGGAAAUUCGCAGAUCGCUCCAAGAUCUACAUGGCUGACCUGGAGUCCGCGCUGCACUACAUCCUGCGGGUAGAAGUGGGCAAGUUCUCAGUCCUGGAGGGGCAGCGCCUGGUGGCCCUGAAAAACUUUGUGGCAGUGCUGGCCAAGUACUUCCCUGGCCCGCCCUUAGUCCAGAACUUCCUUCACUCUGUGAACGAGUGGCUCAAGAAGCAGCAGAGAAAGAAAAUUCCCUACAGUUUCUUUAAAGCUGCUCUGGACAACAGGAAGGAGGGCGCUGUUCUUGCCGAGAAGGUGAACUGGGUCGGCUGCCAGGGGAGUGAGCCGCAUUUCCGGGGCUUUCCCUGCUCCCUGUGGCUCCUCUUCCACCUCCUGACUGUGCAGGCAGCUCGGCACAAGGGGGACCAUGCGCAGGAAAGAGCCCAGGCCCAGGAGGUCCUCCAGGCCAUCCGGGGCUACGUUCGCUCCUUCUUUGGCUGCCGAGACUGCGCUGGCCACUUCGAGCAGAUGGCGGCCGCCUCCAUGAACCGGGUGGGGAGUCUGGAUGACGCCGUCCUCUGGUUCUGGUCUUCCCACAACAAGGUCAAUGCUCGCCUCGCAGGCGCCCCCAGCGAGGACCCCCGGUUCCCCAAGGUGCAGUGGCCGCCACGCGAGCUCUGCGCGGCCUGCCACAAUGAGCUGUCGGGGGUGCCUGUGUGGGACGUGGGCGCCACCCUCCGCUUCCUCAAGGCCCACUUCUCCCCAAGCAACAUCGUGCUGGACGCCCCCCGCGCUGGGCCGGCCCCCCGGAGUGGCACGCAGAAUCUGGCAGCCACCCCAAGGCUGGCGAUGGCGAGCCUGGAGCUGGAGCCUGGGAAUUCAACCCUGGGCCCUGAGGGGGCCAAGUCCCCGGGAACCGCCAUCCCAGAUGUUCCUCCCAGGGGACCUGAGGCAAGUGGCCCCCCGGAGCUGCACGCAGGCCCAGGCCAGGGGCCCCCUGAGCCUGCGACAGAGCUCCAGAGGGGUGACGAGCCCGGGCAGCCGCCUGAGCCCCGGCGCCUGAGCAAGCGGGACUCGGGGGCUGCGGUGCUGGCCGAGAAGAACCGCCCCGGGGGCCCUUUAGGGCCGAGGAGAAUAGGCCGCAGCUCCAGGCAGCUGGCGGACGUCCCUGCCUGGGGGCCGGAGGCCCGAGCGCAGCAGGGCCACGGCCAGUGGCUGCAGGUGCUGGGAGGGGGCUUUUCCCACCUGGACAUCAGCCUCUGCGUGGGGCUCUACUCCCUUUCCUUCCUGGGCCUGCUCGCCGUGUACACCUACUUCCGGGCCAAAAUGAGGGCUCCGAAGGGCCCUGCUGGCCACCCCACAGCCUGAGCCGCCCGGCUCGGCAGGGGCCAGAGCGGGAGCUGCCACCCAUGGGGCUCUUCCGGCCCCCCACUCCUCCCCUGCCCUGCCCUCCCACCCCCUGUUCCUGUCCAGCCUAGAAGGGUGGGAGACCCAGGAAAACCAGUGGCUCCAGUGAACCUUCUUGGGUCUGUGGGGAAGGAAAGUCCCAGAGACACAAGACAGGAACAGGGUCCCGGUUCCUCUGACCGCACUGAGGAGGGUCCCCGCAGGCUGUGAGCUUAGGGAGCCUCAGCCGCUGGCCUCUGGGCACCAAAUCCGUAUUUUUCAGCUUAUGUGCACUCCUGCCCCAUUCUCGCUGGAGCCUCGAUCUCUCCCUGCUUGGUCUUGGCCCCAAACUGGGACAGGUGAAGCCAGAAGAGGGUCCCCUGGGUGGGGCAGGUGGGAGUGGAAACUCUUUACCACAUUCCAGGCCUCCGUCCAUUCUUCCAUCUGGACACAAAGAGGCCUUGGCACCAAAGGAGGACAGACGGCCUCUGGAGGCUGGGCAGGGCACAGAGGGCCAGCUACACAGACCUCCCCGGUGGGAUUUGGCUGUGGGGGUGGGGGGGUCUAGAAGCUUCUGGGAAUCAUGCUGGUCUCCCAGGUGAGGCAGGUGACAGCCGCUGGGCCGUGGGGUGAGUGGCUUGGCAGGACCUGGAGUAAGAGCUGGCGAGGUGGCGCAAGGAGGGGUGUUGGGCUCCGCAGUGCCUUGGCUUGGGGCUCCGCGGGGAGAGGUAGAGGGAGGCCGCACGGAAGAGGUGGCUGCAUUGAACAUGCUUUGGCUUCUCCCCAUUGAGCUCCAGCCGCUCUGAGCUGGGUCUUUUGUCUUUUUAGUUUGGUCUCCAAAGUAGAUCUACGCUAAUGUUUGGCUGUGAUGGGUGCUGAGCUGAAGAUAGCAAGGCAGGUGUCGUCCCCAGGUGCCACCUCCCACGUGCGCAGAAGUUGGGAGGGCACAAGGGGAGGGCAGCCCGUACACACGCGUGAUUCCCACGCUACCCCACUGCUUGGAAGCCUUGUGGAAUAAAUUAUUUUUGUUAAGGCAA